ACGACCCCCGCAUUCUCCUUCCAUCAUCCUCUUCCCCAAUCUCGCUCGCCGUUCGUCUCUGCUGCCGUGCUCCAUAUAACCAUCUUUCUCCUCCCAAAUCUUCCCCCAAAUCGCCAUUCUCGCCCUCCACCGCCCCACCGUAGAUCGAGACCCGACCGCCCCCGCCUUCGCUGACCCAGCCCCCUUGCCCCGAAUCCAUAAAUUCCCGAUCAAAUCUCCCCGCGGCCCGGAGGCGAUUUCCGCCGAAUUCGACCCCCGAUCUGCGGUGCCCGGACAGGCGUUUCGCCCGAAUCGGCCCGGCCGAGUCGAAUUCGGGUGAUCCGGAAGUGCAUGGAGGAAAAAAGCCCCGCGGAUCCGCGGUUCCGGAGCUAGGGUUAACGGCCCCCGCGGCGGUGAUCUGGUGAUGGUGCAGCGCGGCGCCGGGGGUCGGCGAGGAGGGAUCGGCGGCGCCCGGGAAGAUGCAGCAAGGCUAUGCAUGGGCGGCGCGCAGACGGCGGUGAGGGUUGCGGGAAGCGGCGACCUUUCCUUCGGCACAUGUGGCCAGCAACUCGCGUAGAGGCAGCUCCACCACCACCGGCAAAGGGACCAUCCUCUCCUCUUCCCCGCUCUUCCGCUCCUCCGCUCAGGACGACCUCUUAUCCGCCGGCACCGACGACUCCCCCAGCGUCAACCCACAAGGAGGAAGGCGCUGAUUCACCCCGUCCGGCUUCAGCAGACUCUUUCAUUAAGGACGGGCGUGAAUUUCGAGUUGGGGAUUGUGCACUUUUUCAGGCUGUUGAUGUCCCUCCUUUCAUUGGGUUGAUACGUUGGAUAGAGAAAAAAGAAGAAGGCUUUCCCAAGUUACGCGUAAGUUGGCUAUAUAGAUCUGCCGACGUCAAACUUAACAAGGGAUUACAGGUCAACGCUGCACCAAACGAGAUAUUCUAUUCUUUCCACCAGGACGAGACAUCUGCUGUCUCUCUGCUGCAUCCUUGCAAAGUUGCCUUUUUACGCAAAGGUGUUGAGCUGCCAGCUGGAAUUUCUUCAUUCGUCUGUCGCCGUGUAUAUGAUAUCGACAACAAGUGUUUAUGGUGGCUUACUGACAGGGACUAUAUUAAUGAACGACAGGAAGAAGUAAAUCGACUUCUGCAUAGAACAAGGUUAGAAAUGCAUGCUGCUGUUCAGUCAGGUGGACGCUCGCCAAAGCGGCUAAAUGGUCCAUCUCCUCAGCAGAAAUCCGGUUCAGAUGAUGCACAAAGUUGUGGUUUAUCUAAAGGAAGAAAGAGGGACAGAACCGAGCAAGGAAUUGAUCCAGCUAAGCGAGACCGUGAGCGUCCCCUAAAGGUCGAAGAUGGUGAAUUGGUUAACUUCAAAGUGGACAAUAUGAAGUCUGAGAUCACAAAGUUUGCAGAUAAAGGCGGACUUCCUCACGCCGAAGCAGUUGACAAACUAGUUAAGUACAUGCAGCUUGACCAAAUUGAACGGAAGAUAGACCUUGCUGGUCGAGUGAUGCUUGCAGAUAUUAUUGCAGCUACAGAAAGUACUGAUUGCCUUGGGAGAUUUGUGCAACUAAGGGGCCUUCCUAUCUUGAAUGAGUGGCUUCAAGAGACUCACAAAGGGAAGUCUGGUGAAGGGGGUAGUCCUAGAGAAACAGAUAAGCCUGUAGAAGAGUUUCUUCUGGCCCUGCUUCGUGCUUUAGCAAAAUUGCCUAUAAAUCUGAUUGCCUUACAAAGUUGCACUAUUGGGAAAUCGGUCAAUCAUCUGCGUAGCUAUAGAAAUCCAGAGAUACAGAAGAAGGCAAAGUGUCUUGUUGAUAACUGGAAAAAGCGUGUUGAUGCCGAGAUGAAGUCAAAUGAGGCCAAACCUGUAGUACCUGGUCAAGUGAGCCCAGUCCGUAGAAUUUCCUGGUCAGGGAAAGGGUUUCCAGAAAUUUCUAAUGGUGCAAACAGACAAUGUGGCUCAAGUGAGCCCAGUCCAAAAAAUUCCCAUCAUUCGUCCUCAAAGGCUUUGGCAGCUAAACCUGGUGCUGCUGAUGCUUCCUCAAAAUUGCAACACAUGCAACCAGCAAGUGUCGCAACCAACGUGAAGGACCUACCCUGCAAAUCAACUGGCGGUUCUGAGUUGCCAACGGUGAAAGAGGAGAAAAGCAGCAGUUCAAGCCAAUCUCUGAACAACAGCCACUCAUGUUCUAGUGAUCAUGCAAAAACAUUUGGUUCUUCUUGGAAGGAGGAUGCAAGAAGUUCAACUGCUGUUUCGGGCAAUGCUAGUAAAACUUCUGGGAGCACUUCACGUGUCCAUCGAAGGGCAAGCAGUGCCCGUCUUGGUUCUGGGAUACAGAAAGAAGCUAUUGUGGGAAGAUCUACCUCACUCGAUCGUUCCUCGUUCCAGGAAAAAUCACCGCAAUCUGGAAUGGCAUCCGAAAAAGGAGGUGACACUCCAUCGGAUAACGGUAAUAGCCAUAGAUUGAUUGUCCGGUUUCCAAAUCCAGGUCGUAGCCCUGCUAGAAGUGCGAGCGGAGGCUCAUUUGAGGACCCAUCUGUCACUGGCAGUAGAUCGUCAUCUCCUGUGCUUGCAGAUAAGCAUGAACAGAAUGAUCGUAGGGUAAAAAUGAAGACUGAAAAUCCCCGGCCUCAGCUAGCUUCUGAUGCUAAUGCCGAGUCUUGGCAUAGCAAUGAGGUUAAAGGAGCUGCAGGUUCUGAGGAAGCUGAUAGAUCAGCAUCGGCUCCAUUGGAGGAAUAUCGCAGCAGGACAACUGAGGAAGCUGCUAAGGACGCAUGUGCAGUACAAGUUGCAAGUUCAUCGCAUGCCAAUGAGAAAGGUGUCUGCUCAAGUGAAACCAAGGGAAACUCAUUCAGUCCUAUGAAUGCUUUAAUUGAAAUAAAAUACUCUGAAGCUGGCCCUUCUUUGCUAACUGGAGAUGAUACAGCAAUGAAUCUUCUCGCCAGCGUGGCUGGAGAAAUAUCUAAAUCUGAAUUGGUUUCUCCAUCAACAUCACCCAGAAACUCAACUGCAAAUGAAAUUGGUUGUGAAGGUGACAGCAUCGAAAAGUUAAUAGUACAAUCUGACGUUGUCCUCUCUGAGCAACAAGGGCCGGCACAUGUUGAGAAAGUCAUUACGGAGAAGCAAAAGAGAGCUGAUGCUUCUUUGAUAUCAAAAGAGGAACGACAACAGAGAAAUAAUAUAUCAUUGCAAAACAAUAAAUGUUCUACUGGGCCAUCACCUCAAAAUAAUAUGGACUCCAAGGCUGUCGAAUCUUCUGCAAAUACUGAUAACCAAGAAGAGGAGCACCUGAACAAGUUUGUUUCUCAACCUGGCGUUGUUUCACAAGGUGAAGGUGGUAAGGCAUGUGCUGUCCGUGCGAUAGUUGAAGAUGGUUGCACAAGCAGGCCUGAUGUCGGUGUUACUUUAGGUGGCCAAUGUAUUUCGGUUGAUUCAAAUCGGAAUUCAGAUUUGCCCCCUGCAGAGGUGUUGCCAUCGUGCGCUCCUGAUAAGCAAGCCCAUGCCCAAUUUAAGUCAACUGAUGAGAAGCGACUUGUGGGCGUACUUGAUCAGUCAGAAUGCACCGAUACCUGUGGUGACAGUGCUGCUGGUAAAUUGGAUUUGAAGUUUUCAGUGUGUUCAGUGCCUGUGGAUCCGCAGAAGACUGAAGUCUUGGGGGUUGGUAACACAGUGGUGAAGCAGGACGAAAAUAAGGGUCAGAUUACUGCCUCGUCAGCUGAUGUUAACAAGGUAGUUGUAUUACCCCUAGAUGUGCCCAAUGGGAUUAAAGAAUCAAAAGACAGUUGCAGCGAAUCAAGUAGUCAUGUAAAACCUCAAGCCCUCAUAUCUCAUCAUACUGGGCAAAGUGCAAAGCAAAGUUCAAAGAAACCGAGUGAUGAUGUAGCUGGAAAAGAGGACCGUGUCUCGUCAGAUGAGGGUUCUUCUAUAGCAGCAGACAAGGGCAAGCCAAAUGGUACAGCUAAGCUUGAUUUUGAUUUAAAUGAACUUGGGGAUGAGGGGAUACACUCUGAGCCAGCUACAUCUCCUGUUAUAUCUUCUUCUGCAAUGCAUUUACCUGGUCUUUCUCCAUUUGUGUCACCUAUUUUAAGUGGUCUGCCUGCCCCAAUAACAGUAGCUGCUCCAGCUAAAGGACCUUUUGUGCCUCCUGAGAACCUACUAAGAGUCAAGCCUGAGGCUGGGUGGAAAGGUUCAGCUGCUACAAGUGCAUUUCGUCCGGCAGAACCGCGGAAGAUUUUGGGGAUGCAUCUCAGUGCACCUGAUAUUACAGCAUCUGAUGCUGCAAGGAAGCAUUCUCGUCCAGCUUUUGACAUUGAUCUAAAUGUAGCAGAUGACCAAGUUCUCGAGGAAGAUAUCUCACAGAGUUCUGCUCAGACAACCGGUUCUGAGUCUGGCAACACUAGAAGUCGCGAUGGUCGUGUACGAAGUGCUGGCAUUGAACUUGACCUUAAUAGGGCUGAUGAAGUUGUGGAGAAUAGCCAAUUUAUCUCAAUGUUGCCAGCAAGACCAAUGCCAGGACCUCUCUCCAAUGCUGAUACAAAUAGCUCAAGGAACUUCUUUGAUCUCAAUAACGGACCAUGCCUUGAUGAAGCUAAUACAGAACCUGCACAAAGGAGCCUAUCGUCUAAAAGCACUAGCAGCAUACCAUUCCUACCUCAAGUUGCUGGUAUUAGAAUGAGCAAUGCUGAAAUGGGUAACAUGUCACCGUGGUUUGCUUCUGCCAACCCAUGUGCUCCUGUAGCUUUACAGUCGUUUUUGCCUACUAGAGGAGAACACCCAUACCCAAUUGAAACGGCACCUGGAACACAGAGGAUCAUUGCACCUGCAUCAGACGGUGCCCAAUUUAGAAGUGAUUCCUGCAGGGUUCCUGUUAUUUCCACUUCACAAUCCAUGGUGUUUCACCCUCCUGCAUAUCAAUAUGCAGGAUUUCCUUAUACUCCCGGUGUUCACCUUCAAACACCAGGGUUUCCAAUUGGAUCGACAUCGUAUGCCAAUUCUGCAUCUGCAGGAGUUCCCUAUUUUCCAACCCUCGCCCCAGCACUUGUUGGGUCAACUGGUGGAUUGCCUGCCCAGCAUGCAAGGCCAUAUACAAUAAAUCUGACUGAAGGUAGCAGCAGUGAUGGCCAUGACAGUAAUUGGAAAUGGAGAAGACAGGGGCUUGAUCUUAAUUCCGGCCCUGGGAGUAUAGAUAUGGAAAGGAAGGAUGAAAGAGUGCCUUCAUCGAUCAGACAAAAUUUGAUCACACCGCCACAAGCCUUUGUGGAGGAACAAACGAGAAUGUACCAAAUGCAAGGUGUAGGAAUAAAGAGGAAGGAACCUGAAGGUAGUUGGGAUGCCGAAAGAUCAGCAUACAAGCAAUUAUCAUGGCAGUAAGAACCUUGUGGAGAUCUCGCAGCGACAUAUGUGUUUGGUGAGCCUCUAGGUAGCUGCAUGUGGAAGUCAAGCGAUGCAUCUCACCAAUAUUGCCGUGCUAGGAUAUACAACUCACACAUGGAUUCAUCUCUGUGAUGAUGUGAAUCGUGAGAGGAAUGAAACUCCGCUGUAAUUGCUGUAAAUGUUAAUCAUAACCUUACUUUCCUGGAAACAGUUUUCCUCGGCUUCAGCACUUGCUUUGCUAGAGUUUUGUAUCUGCCAGGCUUUGGAGAUUGAAUGGUAAUGGUUCCUUGGGCUUACUCCAACUUCUGAAGCCGCUGUAAUUAGGUCCAGGUGGUUUGUUUUCAGUUUCAUUAUCAUAUGGUCGAGCACAUCUGCAGCUUAACAUACUCCUUGGGCUUCCUCCAACUUCUGGAGCCGCUGUAAUUGCAGUAUGACUUUGAUGUGAUAUGUAUUCUGCCCGGCAAGCAUUGCAUCUGUAGAUCAGGAAGUAAUAAUUUGCUGUCGUUAACGUCUUAUUGAAUUCAGUUAAGCUGGUACUGCCUUCUGAGGGCCGAAAUUGUAGCCUUUCUUGGAUUAUGCUUACGAUUUUGUAAUUUGCUGCAA